AUGAGCUUCGGCUUCUCUGUUGGCGAUUUCUUGGCGGUGCUGGAACUUGCGAACAGAGUGCGCAAGGGUUUUCUCGGCGCGCCCAAGGAGUUCAAGGCCAUCUCCGACAACGUGCGAGACUUGUCAAUUGUUCUCCAAGAUGCCGAAGCAAACACCGACAAGCUUGCGCCGGCUCAGUUACAAGAGUACCAAGAUACCUUGCAAAGCUGUAAAGGUCUUCUCUUGGAGAUUGAUUCAGUCCUCCAAAAAUAUUGUACGAUAACGGAAGUUGGAAAAAUCGGAGUGAGGAGAACUCUCAAGAGAACUUGGAAACGUCUGAAGUGGGAGCCUGAAGAUGUCCGCGAUAUUCGGAGCCAGAUCACCGUCAAGAUUGCAACCCUCAACAGCCUGAAUAGCCAUGUUCUCGUCACCAAUGUGGCAAAACUCGUCCGCCACCAGGAGGAUUCGGAGUUUCAGUCCUUAUUGGAGUGGUUAAACAAUACAAGUUUUGUCUUGCAACAAAACGAUCUCGCCCUGCAUUGCCAACCUGGUUCCCGCAGAUGGCUAUUCGAGUCUCCAGUCUAUCAAGACUGGGUCAAGCAAAAAGAUGGCCUUCUCUUUUGUCCAGGCAAUGCUGGUACUGGCAAGACGUACACCAUGGCGAUGGUGAUUGAGAACUUGCGAUCCAGCAACGACAGCGAUGUUCUGACAGUCUACAUGUACUGCACAUAUCGGAACCAUACCCAGACGAUAGAAGAUCUCUAUCGCAGCCUUUUACGACUUGUACUCGAAGAGGCUGGACCUAGCGACAGCGAGGAGACGAUGCAAGCCUGCGUACAAUAUCGAUUGUCACGGAAGCCUUUGUCUCGACAUGACUGUCUGAAAUUGCUUCAAAUUCAUGUUUCCAUGAUUCCAAAGGUAAACCUGUUAGUGGAUGCUUUGGAUGAGCUGCCCAGUGAAAUUCGGCGACCAUUUGUCAACGAUCUGCUGAAGUUGAGCGAAGCUGGAAAUAUCAGCUUGUUUCUCACAUCGCGCGAUAUUCCGGAGAUCCGAGCACCCUUCCAGAAAUGUAAAACAUACGCGUCUCUGGAGAUCAGGUCUAGUGAUGAGGAUAUUCAAAGCUUCUUGCGAGAUAACACAUUUCAGCUACCCAACUUUGUAGCACGAUCACCAGUGCUUCAGAAGGAUGUAAUCGAUGCUAUUACGGAUGCAAGCUCAGGGAUGUUUCUCCUGGCUGAGCUACAUCUGAAGUCGCUGACAACAGCCAUUUCCCCGGGCAGUCUGCGCGCGCGAUUGUCCGAUAUUGUCAUCAAGUCGAACGCCUAUGAUGAAUUGUACGAAAGCACCGUGGAGCGCAUCGGUUUUCAAGGACCCCAGGCUAGGCAGGUCGCCAUGCAGACACUUCUGGUCCUUACCUCUGCCCGAUAUCCUUUGUCAAGUGCUGAGCUCACACACGCCCUUGCGAUCGACGAUUGUAGCAAUGGCUUCAACGAAGACAUGGUUCCUGAUAUGGAUGAUCUGAUUGCUGCUUGCCAUGGUCUUGUAGUUGUCGACGGCACUAGUGACAUUGUACGUCUGGUACACAAGUCGGCUCAAGAAUAUUUUGAGCGCACCAGGUCGCGAUGGUUCCCAGCAGCCCACGUUACAAUGGCAAAGCUAUGCCUCCGCUACUUGGAAAUGGGCCAGCCAGGAGGUAUUCUUCCAGAGGGUGCUGAGCGGCAAGCAUUUUUCCAAUACGCCACGGCAAACUGGAUUUACCAUUCAUCAGAAGCCGAGAACGAAUCUCUGGAUACUCGGGAUCCUCUCCCGCAAGUUUCCAGCAGCCCUGGCCUAGUCACAGGGCAUCCAGAAGCUGACAGAGCAUUAGUAGCACAGUCUUCCUUGCGGCAAAUAGCACGGGAAGUUUUUGAUGUGCAUACCACUAUCGUUGAGGCUUGUCGCGCUGGUCGUUUGGCAUGGGUCGAGCAGUUGCUUAUAAUUCGCAAUUAUAACCCGAACCAGCGCGACAGAAGUUGGGAGUUCCAGUUUGAGAAUUUUGACAGCCGUCGUCCCAUGGUGCCAGCUUAUUUCGACGGACCAAUUGAGCAUCCAAGCCAAGAUGAUGUUUUAUUGACUGUUGCUACCAGUCAACGAAACUACAGCAUGGCUGCUAUGCUACUUGCACAUGGAGCAGACCCGAAUAUCGCCAACAUACACGGACAAACCCCGCUCUCUAUUGCAGCUCGGAACGGUUUUGAUGAUUUGACUUCGUUACUUCUGAGUCACGACUUGAUAAAACCUGACUUGAAAAACAGUUCUGCACCCAGCGCGCUCCUUACAUCGAUUGAACAUGGCCAUGAGAAAUGUUACCAAUUACUGCUCGAACGUUCUGAUCGCAUGGCCACAGAUAAGAACGGUAAUGGUGUCGUGUGGUAUGCGGCGCGUUAUGGUCAUCUCAAAAUUGUGAUGGAGCUUCACAAGUGGCCGGAAAUUGGCGCUGCCUUGGAAGAAUUACCCUUCUGUCACACUCCGAUCGUAGCUGCGAUUGUUGGAGGUCAUCAAGAUAUCGCUGAAUUUCUGCUUCCUCUGACGCCUGAACUUAUAUGUCGCCAGUGCUCGCUUCGACUGGCCCACCUUGCGGUUCAAGUGGGUUUUGAUGACCUUCUUACUGGACUCCUCGAACGCGAUCCAUCAAAUGCAGACCAUAAAAGUACCCAGUUACGCCAACUAUGGAUUGCCCGACUAUUGAGGACCUGUGGACAGUAUACGGAGGAGAUCAUGGUCUUACCUACACCAUUCUUGACUGCCAUUCGUCUUGGGAACGUGUCUGCAGUGCAAGCGAUUCUACCAUACGUGGAUGUCAAUAGAGAGACUAACAUGCAGGAAGCUGAGGUCAAUGGCCGUGGAUCUUGGCGAGCUCUCCAUGAAGCAGUGAAUAGGGGCAACCUAGACAUGGUCGAGCUUCUUCUUAGCAAACACGGCAUCGAUCCGGAUCCUAUCGAUGACGCAGGACGCAGUCCCUUCCUACUCGCAGCUCAAAGAGGUAAUUGCUCUAUAAUGACUGCUCUCAUCAACCAUGGAAAUAUUGAUUAUAGUAGAAAGGCUGGGGGUGAGUCCGCAAUCGACUACAUUUUGACUCACUACAAAAAUCCGCGCUAUGUCAAGACUCUGGCGUCGGUUAUGUGCACUAAGUUCAGCCACCAAGACUCAACUGGCUCUACUUUACUUCAUCGAGCCUGCCGAUUCGCCCCGUUCAUGGAUAGGAAAAACGUCCCCAUAGUCGCCGAGAUACUAAGUAUACCCGGAGUGGACGUGAAUAUUCGUGAUCAGGACGGCAACACACCCCUCCAUCUCGCCGUUAGAUACCAUCUACGAGAUGUCGUACGCUUGCUGCUGGACCGAGCAGACACAGAUGUCGUAGCAGAGGAUCCAGAUGGUAACCACGCCUUGAACCUUGCGUACAAGACUGGACUAGUUUCCGAUGGAGUCCGCGGAGAUGGGUACUGGCGUCCCUAUCGAACAAAAGCAAAUUUCCCCUACAGUCUGGGGGAAUGGGCCGAAGUCCAAACGUCAAAGUUCUUCUUGCCAUCUUAUAGAGCUUAUGAUGAAUCCAUUUUCAUGAUGCUCGUGCGGGACAAACGUUCAAACCUCGAACACAAAAACCACAAUGGGGAGAGUGCUAUGGUCAUAACAGCAUUGACGGGCACAAAGGCCAUGGUGCAAAUGGCACUAAGCAACGCGACAUUGAUGUCAGACCUUGGCACAACGAACCAAAAUGGGUGCAGCCUAAUAUCUUGUGCUAUACAAGCAAACCCAUACCCUGAUGCUGUGGAAUUACUGCGAGCAAAUUAUCCUAUUCCACCUGUCGAACUUGAAGAUAAGGAAACGGUUGGACUGUGA